GGCGGUGUGCAAGAUGGCGGCGACCCGGGGCACCGCCUCUUCCGCCCCGCUGGGCGUCGCACGAGGCCGGUUUGAAGGGGAAGUGAGUCAGAGUCCGCGGAGCUGGCCGGCCCAGGCCCGCCCCCGCCGUGGCCCUGAGAGGCCCUGGGCCGGCGGCGGCGGCCAUGGCCGGGGGACCGGACCCGGGGGAGCCCACGGUCCCCGGCGCCCAGCACUUCUUGUAUGAGGUGCCUUCCUGGGUCAUGUGCCGCUUCUACAAAGUGAUGGACGCCCUGGAGCCCUCCGACUGGUGCCAGUUCGCGGCGCUGAUCGUACGCGACCAGACCGAGCUGCGGCUCUGCGAGCGCUCGGCGCAGCGCACAGCCAGCGUGCUGUGGCCGUGGAUCAACCGCAACGCCCGCGUAGCUGACCUCGUGCACAUCCUCACGCACCUGCAGCUGCUCCGCGCGCGGGACAUCAUCACGGCCUGGCGCCCUCCUUCCCCUCUUCCACUCCCCAGCCGAAUCACCACAUCCUCUGACACCAAGGACUGGAAGCCCGAGAAGGUGCAAUCCGCCGCGACCACUUUCCCCUCCCCAGCUGCUCCAGGUCCUCCUGGAAUACAUUUGGGACCCGAACGUCACUCCAUCCCAAAUGUCGUCGUUUCCCUGCAGCCUCCACGGCCAUCUCCAGCCCCUUCCUCCACCAAGCCCAGGCCAGAGGACCCAGCCUCCCUGCUGCACACAAGCCACCCGUCUCUGUUCUGCUGGCCCCUCUGCGAGCUUGCGCAGGGCACUCAAAAUUUUUCCAAGGAGCUCCAAGUUGGGGAGGGCGGCUUUGGGUGCGUGUACCGGGCGGUGAUGAGGAACACCAUAUAUGCAGUCAAGAGGCUGAAGGAGGAAGCUGAGCUCGAGUGGGCCACAGUGAAGCAGAGCUUCCUCACAGAGGUACAGCAGCUGUCCAGGUUCCGGCACCCUAACAUCGUGGACUUUGCUGGCUACUGUGCUGAGAGCGGCUGCUACUGCCUCGUGUAUGGCUUCCUGGCCAAUGGCUCUCUGCAGGACUGUCUCCACCACCAGACGCAGGCUGGCACCCGCCUCUCCUGGUCUCAGCGACUAGACGUGCUUCUGGGCACGGCCCGGGCCAUUCAGUUUUUACAUCGGCACAGCCCCAGCCUGAUCCAUGGGGACAUCAAGAGCUCCAACGUGCUUCUGGAUGAGAGACUGACCCCGAAACUGGGAGACUUUGGCCUGGCCCGCUUCAGCUGCUUCACCGGGGCCAGCACCAGCCAGAGCAGUGCCGUGGCUAGGACGCGCACUGUGCAGGGCACUCUGGCCUACCUGCCCGAGGACUACAUCAAAACGGGGAGGCUGUCCGUGGACACGGACACCUUCAGCUUCGGGGUGGUCGUGCUGGAGACCCUGGCCGGCCAGAGGGCUGUGAGAACUCACGGUGCCAGGACCAAGUAUCUGAAAGAGCUGGUGGAGGAGGAAGCCGAGGCACUUGGGGUGUCCCUGAAGAGCGCCCAGAAUACCGUCUCAGUGGGCGUGGCUGCAGACGCCUGGGCUGCCCCAAUCGCCGCCCGGAUCUUCCAGAAACACCUGGACCCCAGGCCUGGGCCCUGCCAGCCCCAGCUUGGCCUGGCCCUGGGCCGAGUGGCUUGCUGCUGCCUGCAGCGCCGCGCCAAGAGGAGACCCCCCAUGACCCAGGUGUACGAGAUGCUGGAGAAACUGCAGGCUACCCUGGUGGGGCUGGCUGCCAGUCGCAGCCCCUCCUCCCCACAGGAGAACUCCUAUAUGUCCGCCAGCAGCGGUGUCCACGUUGCGAGCCCCCCAUGGCCACGCCUGGCGGCACCCUCGGAAGCCCUGAUCCAGAGCAGUGCAGAGCGGCUCCAGGACAGCCCCAACCAACCCGUUGAGAGUGAUGAGAGCGUCGCUGGCCUGUCUGCAGCCCUGCACUCCUGCCACCUGGCCCCCAGCGGCUGUCUGGGUCCACCGUCCCUGCAGGAGGCCAGCUGUACUCAAGGGGGCGCUGUUGUGCAGCCAAACUGGAGGCGUGGCCUUGGCCUGCAGCCCAUGGCUGUAGAAGGAUUGCCCCUGGGCAGCUGCGCCUCCUCAUGGUCACCAUCGUCAUCAGAGGCCCCGCAAAUUAUCAUCAACCCCGCCCGGCAGAAGAUGCUGCAGAAGCUGGCACUGUACGAGGAUGGGGUGCUGGACAGCCUGCAGCUCUUGUCGUCCAGCUCUGUCCAAGGCCUGGGCCUGGGACCGGAGGACAGGCGAGGGCCGGAAGAGAGUGAGGAGUUUCAGAGCUGACUGCUGGCCCAAGCAGAUCCCCUGAUACCCGGAAGGCAAAGCUCUCACGACUGCAAGUUCUCAGGGCCUGUGCCCUGGGGGCGCACAGGCAGUGGGGUGCAGGCCCCAGCCUGACUGGGAAGAUGAGGCGGCCACCCCAGCUGCUCCAUGGGUGUGGUCCAGGCAGGGCU